AUGGCUGGCCCGAAUGCCUCUCUUACUCCGCUCCGUUUCCCUGACGGUUCGGCAUCGUACACAUCCCCCACCGGAGAUCACAUAAUUGGAUCCGUAAAUGGUCCUAUCGAACCUGCCCGUCGCGACGCCCAAAAGUCGGAGGAAGCCGCAAUAGAAGUUCUCGUUAAGCCAGGCGUUGGCGUGUCUGGUGUUGGCGAGAGAUAUGUCGAAGGCAUCCUGCGGGGUAUCCUGAGUCGGGUUAUACUACUUCGAGAAAAGUCAAUGCCUAGGAAGGCAAUUAUAAUCACUUUGGUGGUAUUGAAAAAUAAGGGAGCCGACGGGAAGGUUGCAGAACGGGGUGGAUCGUGUCUUUCUAUCUUACCUUCGCUGCUUCACACGGCUCUUCUAGCAUUGCUGUCUGCCGCAAUCCCGCUCUCUAUGGUAUACACGUCCGCCUUCAUCGCAGCAUCCCCGACCGGCGAUCUAAUUGAGCAUCCCUCAAAUUCCCAAGUCAAAGCUGCGAAGUCAUUACACGUCCUAGCGUUUUCGUCCAAGGGGCAUCUACUGCUUAACGAAAGUGAGGGUGAAUUUGAUCUCGAUACCUGGGACAAAGUUUAUGAACUCGCCCAAUCUACCUGUACGGGAAGUCCAGGGGUAAGAAAAGGAGACGGCGACGUUGAUAUGGAUGGUGUGAAAGCGGGCCAAACUCUCGAACAGCUCUUGAGAGAUACGGUGGAAGAUAAGGUCAGGGAAAACCUGGCGUGGAAGAUUGCAACGACCUGA